CACCACCAUCGGCCCCGGCUCCGCUUGUGAAUGCACACGACGACGACGGGGAUAACAAGUGCCUCAGACACGAACGGUUAGUGUCCAAACAACAGUAUAACGGAUCGGUUGAGCUACGCAGGAAACGGUUGCUGUGCAUACGCGCGGUGUCAUCUUCUAGUAUCCUGCUUCCCGAUCCCUGGCUAACCGGGGGGCACAGUGCCUGGCCGCCACGGUUACGGAUCGAUAAAGGAGAUUACCGAAGAGCGAGUGGAUGCAACAGGCAGCACCAUUCGAUCCAACAGGUCGCCGUUGAGGUCAGUCCCACUCGGCGAACACAAGGAGUGCGGUUAUGUUUUUUUUUCAUUGUGGAGCAGCGCGCGAAAUUAAGGAAUAAUCCUCUGGGUGGCGAACGAACGGAAUUUGCACGUCCGGAACUCCACCGGAGAGACACCAGACUAUCGCCAGAGUGACAAGUGCUAGUUGGAGCUGCUCCUGAAUCUCGUUUGUCGUGAUAUGGCGUCUGGGAUGAAAAGGCGCUUUUGUUGUGAACGCAGCAUUCGUUGACCUACUGCGAUUUUAAGCGUGCGCUCAGUGAAAUAAUUGUGAUAAAACGGAAUGCGAGUGGUUUGCAGUUUAUUAAAUCUGUUCAGAUGAAUUAUUGAAGAAUUAUUAAUUUUGUGUGCACAAAGCUCGAAUAAAAGAAGCAGCUUGUUGACAACAGGUAAUAAAUGCGGAUUCCAGUUGAAGUGUUUUUUUUUUUGUUUUACUGAACUGACGUCGCGAUUGGAGAUCGGAAAGAGCAAUUCGAUUGGCUUGUAUGGCUUUGUGUGCUAAUUACUUAUGCAUACAGCGUAAAUAAAUAGUGACGAACAGUGUGCGGAUUGAGAAAACAAAGCGCUGAGUGAAAAAUUGAUGAGGGGCGAUUUUCGCUCGCAAUAAGGGGCUACUUGGAUUAUCAUUAUCAUUAUUUUAUUAUGAUCGGACGUCAAGACAACGAAAAGCUACUUAUGGAUUAUGGUCGCUGUCGUUACUCGCUUUAUUUGGCGAUACUGAUGAUGUUGGUCACUGGAAUCUAAAGUACUGCUGUGAAGGUGCGGUCUAAUAUAGGAGAGCUGUGAUCUGCUGUGUCGGUCUUUUGCACCGUUUUGGGAUUCCUUUGCAGUAGAGCAGCCCCCUUCAGCCCGCGAUGAAGGAGAAGGUGAUGAUAGCGCCGCUGAAAACGCGAUGUCGGAACCGUAACACGAGAGCCCGUCUGCUGCUUAGCGUUGAAACGCGAUUGAAGGAAGAAAAAGCCAUCGUCGCCAGGCUCCAGUAAAACACGUCGCCUCGGCCUAUGGUGCAGAAAGUGAAAUUAAAAUUUUAUUCACAGUUUCUGUUGUUGUUGUUUUAUGCCGACGAUGCUCGAAUCGUAGGUAGCAAGUAGCUAGAAAAUUGGUUUGGUAGAAAAUUUAAGACGCGUUGCUAUUGGUCUUUCGAGAAGACGCAACUACAGGAAACUACUAUUGAAAAGUGAAUCGAAUUGUUUUGUGGCUGGUGUCUGAAACGCAAUAAGAAAAGUAGGGAAACAGGGAGAGUGAAAAUUAGAUCAAUCGGUGAAAAAUCAGUGUCAGUAGAGGAAGAGAGAAAGUCGAAGAAAAGAAGAAGUAAAAUAUUGCAAUCAGCGAAAAUGUUGAAAAUUCAAAUGCUCGAACAAAUCGUGACCAAUGAGAACGUUCUGAAUGAUGAUGCGGGCGGUGGAAGUGCAAGUGGUGGAUCUUACAAUACCAAUAUCAACCCUUCCGGAACAUCGAAGGAUGUGAAUGACGAAACGCGAAGUCUGAACCGAAACAACCGUUUAUCGCCUCAAGGACGGCAGCAUAUGGGCGGGUGGACCACAGCCGCAGCUAACGCCAAACAGAAUGGACUGCCGACGACACCGAGCAAAAGUGCAACUACCAGUCCGGACCGGCUCCGGGGGGCAACGCACGAUUUGUUCGAGCUGCUGGAACGUGUGCAAUGUUCGCGGCUGGAUGAUCAACGAUGUGUCCUUCCAUCGUACUUCACACAGAACUCCCGCGAGGAGCGAAUCUCCAAUCCCCACGGCAUCAGCAAUGACCCAUCGAACAACCUGGUCGUGCAGCUUCCCCAGCAGACGCGAUCGCUCCUGCGACACUCGAACAGUAUGUCCUCGUCGAAUACGCACUCGAAUUCCAGCUCGACGCCCGCAUCACCCCAUCUGCUCUCGAACAGUUCCAGCGGUCAUCUGCAUCACACGCUAUCGAACGGGGUGAGCUCGCUACAUCACCAUCACUCGCAGUACCAGAGCCAGUCGUCGGUCAGCUCCCAGGGAUCGUCAAUUAUUUCGGCGGUCCCACCGUUGCAGCGAUUUCUAGAGGACCACCUCAGCAAAUCGGCACCCUAUCCGAUGAUUGUGAUACCAAACAACGGCGGCUACUGGAUCGAUGGGACCGAUCAUGACGCUGGCUAUGAGCUUCCAGCGCACACUACGUGGCGAGUCGGUAAGAUCGAAUCGGACGAUACGGCGAAAUGCUACCGAAGGUUUUUCAUUGCUCGCGAGCACUCGAAUUUGGUUGGUCAUGACGAUCAGCUGGGCCCUGUAUUGCUUUCGAUAAAAUCGGAAAACGUCGCGAAUCAAGAUCACAUCCGAAUACUGCUCCGAUUAAGGACUGGAACUAUGCACGAAAUCAUUCCAGCGUCGUGCCUUGGAUCGAAUCCGUCACCCAUCAAGAUGGCACGACUCCUCAACGAUCAGAUCAACGUAGACAGCUUCAUGCCUGUGCUCUGUCCCAAAGCCUCGACGCUCAUCGCUAGCUACGACGAGCACGUGUUAGUCUCGAACUUCAAAUUCGGUGUACUCUAUCAGCGCUAUGGCCAAACCACCGAAGAGGAACUCUUCUGCAACAGUGAUACAACUCCAGCCUUCGACGAAUUCCUCGAUUUGUUGGGACAGCGAAUAAGGCUGCGUGAUCACAAAGGCUAUCGAGGUGGGCUUGACAUCCAAAACGGACAUACGGGCGAUACGGCAGUUUACGAGGUGUUCAAGGAACGCGAAAUCAUGUUCCACGUAUCCACCCUUCUACCCUACACCGAGGCGGAUCCUCAGCAGCUCCAACGAAAACGGCACAUCGGAAACGACAUCGUGGCUAUUGUGUUCCAGGAAGAAAACACUCCCUUCUCGCCGGCGAUGAUUGCGAGCCACUUCCUGCACGCAUUCAUAGUGGUUCAACCGCUGGAGCCAAACACUCCUAACUGUCGGUACAAGAUUUCAGUGACCGCCAGGGAUGAUGUGCCCUUUUUCGGGCCUACCCUCCCCCAACCAUCAGUAUUCAAAAAGGGACCUGAGCUGAAAGAGUUUCUUCUCACCAAACUGAUUAACGCGGAGAACGCUUGCUACAAGGCGGAUAAGUUUGCUCAGCUUGAACUACGAACACGAACGUCGCUGCUGCAGAACUUGGUGGACGAGGUGAAGGAAAAGACGAGGGAUUUUCUCGGAGCAGAUUUGUUGGGAGCUCCCAACUCACCCACACCUGAGACGCCCAAGUCCGAGGGAGGGUUCACUGGCUCGCGGUUCAUUGACACCGUCAAAAAGGCUCUGAAUGCACGGUUGCGGUCUCAGAACUCCGACCCCACCAAUGGGGUCGAAUCAUCGAACCCAAAGCAUCAUAACUCGAUGAAGAAAUCGAAGGAGAUUUCCGAUGUGCCGUUUGGACCGGGGCAAAAUGUGAACAUCGGUCGAUCGCUGUCGAAGAGUAGUACAACGGGCUCGCGGAAGUCUCCCAACGAUUCGGUGGCAUCCUCGCCGGACAUCACAUCCCGCUGCUCGCUGAAUCCAAAUAGUCUUAACAAUAACAACAGCGGCAUGAACAACAUCAAUCAUGGUGUUGGCGGCGUUGUUGGUGUCCAUGGUGCUAAGGGACUCUCCAAUGGAAUUGGGAACAAUAACAACAAUGGUCCAGUGGCCAUGUCUGAAACGAGUGAUGACUCGAGCCUAAAUAGCGUCGAUCUGGAUCCUAUGGUUUUCCCAAAUGUAGAUGCCGGAGCGACGUACAUUGACAGUGACACCGGUCUGGAAUCGAUGUCUUCGGCGGACGCAACGACGAAGGCUUGCUCGCUCUGUCUGGACGGUGACCGGGUGGAGCGUUCGACGAACGGUGGAGGAAGUGUGAUCAGUGUGAGCAUUGGCACCGGAAGCACCGGGGGCGAUAGCACGCGGGAUUUGCGCAGCAGCACGGGAAGUAGCGGUGCGGGCACGAACAUAAGCUGUAGUGGUGGUGGCAGUGGAAAUGCUGGAUUGAUGCUAACGCAAGAGGUGAUCCAGCAGUUGGAGGGAUUCAAGCAGGAAGUUACCCGGCUAAAAUGUGAUAAAUUGGAUCUCCUGAGGCAGAAUGUGACUUGUCAGCGUGACAUCAAACGUUUGCGAGAACGAGAAUUGUCACUCCAGGGUGAUCUGGCAGCUGCCGGCAAGGAAAUUUUGCGUCUACGAGACUUGCUUAAGGAAUACAUGCCAACGGCGGGAUCGGAGCCAAUGUAAACGUAAAGUUUGCACGGAGGCGAAUGCAUAAUCAAAACCAAAAAAUCCACCCACUACCCCACCUGAAAACUACUUACACGUACACAAAUCAAGAAGGGAAGACUGCAGAGCAGUCGAAAGACUUUCUUAUCGUCACAAUCAACACACAACAAUCAUCUUUGUUUUUUUUUUGUUGCCGUUGUCGCCGCAAUCGUCGUCAUCGUCGUUGUAGUAUCAUUGUAAUAGCGAGCGAGAGUCUCGAAAAACGCUUUUUGUUGGUCCUUCUGCUUUGCGACACUCGGCUUUCGGAGGGAGGAAAUGAGAGAACGAAUUCCCUCGGUCUACUUCCGCGCAACAUAGCACCAAUUAUGGGAUACGCUGCCCACUUUGUGAAAAUAAUUUACAAUUUGUUCUACUAGUUUUAUUUUCUCAUCCUGAAUAAGAUGAAAAAUGACAGAAAAGUCAUAUAUUUUUUUGUAUAAAGAUUGCUUUAUAAGAACAUCUAUUUAUUUCAAACCCUAUUCUUCAUUCGGUUAGCCCCAUGGAAUGUAUGAAUUCCAUUCGGUAUCGAAUGCAGAAGUAUAGUUCACCCCUUUUUUUACCUUUAGCGGUCUUGGCCAGCAUUAAGAAAUGUAUUAUAAUAUAUAUACCAUAAUCGAACUUCCGUUCUCAGAACUAAUGAUUCAAUCGGAACAGAUCUUCUAUCCACAAUAACAAUAAUCAAUUUGUUUUCCUUGUUUUCGAAAGAGAUGCGCAAAUCUGUAAAUAAAUAUUUUAGCGCCUGCAUCACAUCACAUCUCAUUGCUGGAUGAUUGGCUGGCACAUUCAUGAAAUUCGCUGCAUCUCCUCUCGGAAGGGUCGCUUCACCCACUGUAAAUGUCAAUUACCGUUCGAAUAUUUAUACAAUAUACAUCACAAAACCAUUAGGCUAAAAGAUAGCAUAAACAAUUAGACAACAGUGUUGUGUAUGUAUUAUAAAGGACUAAACGUAAUCAAAUCAAGAGAUAUUUUAACGAAAUGUUAUUCCUUUUUCUGAUUGUUUUAACAAAAAAAAAUGGCGGAAAGAAGAGUUUUAAUUUUUCUUUGAAUUUAUUGAGUGAAAAAAAAUGUUUCGAAUAUUAUCUAUAUAUCUGGGCGAAUGGAAGGGAGAUUGCUAAUCUUUGAACCAAAAAUAUGACAUUGAGGAGAAUGAGUACCAGAUGGUUUUGCUAGAUAUUAGAAAAUAGUUUAAACAAUGAUUGACGUACAUGCAGAUAAUAUAAAACAAGCAAAAAAGCGAAAUCUAUAUGUGCAAUACACAACUGCAGAAAUUUGGAGAAACAAGACAAAUUGGAAAACCUGAAUAACGAACAAAAAAAAUUAUCAAACCUCACCCCAAUCGAAAUUCAAUACAGAAAAAACACGUUUUGUUCUAAAAUCAACACUCUGUUUUACGAGAUGAUUAGAUGAUUAGUUAAGAAAACAAUCGAACUAUGUACGAAAAAACUGCCUUCUAUCAAUAUUAUUUCAUGUACCCCUAAAGCUGUCUCCAAAAAUAAGUAUGAACCGUUGCAACACGCAAAACGACAGAAAAAGAAGUAUCUAAAAUACUUUGAAAUGACCUCCUUUCCAAACUUGAGAGGCAAAAUAUUUAAAGAAUUGAUACCAAAGUUAACAACAUUCCCAAAAAAGAUAGAAAAGCACAGCCUGAUCCACAUGGAUGAAUGAGCAUUCAGAACCUCUCGUCCCAAGAGAUGAAAAUAAAUUUGAAAACGGCCAAAAUACAGCUUUUUAAAUCGGCCUCCAUAUCAGCGAAACAAAAAACAAUCCACUCAAUCAAAAACAAAAUAGAUGUCAAAAAAGCGAGCAAAAAGUAGAUUUUGCACCAAUAAAAACGGCACACACAAAUAUAACCAAAUAUUACACAAAAUAACAAACAGAAGUAAAACAAAAAAAAAACAAUUCGAUGUCAGCAAACAAACAUAUGUGUUAGUAGAAUUGGAACAAUGUCCAGUGUGUUAUCGAAACAAAACUAGAGGUAAACAGAACUGAUUGAGGGAACAAACGCUAGAGAUGAAAUGAAAAUUGGGACAAGAGUGUUUGAGAGACCACAGAGGAAACAAAAAAAAACGGAAAAGUGUAUCGAUGCACGCGGAAUGAAGAAAACCAAAAUUGAGAGGAAUCAUUUGGAAUUCAUAAAAUAAUAAAACCAGAAUAUAUAUUAUAUAUUUUAAACAUAUAUUGAACUAAAUGAAA